UACGCGCCGCGAUUCAAACAUGCUUCUGACUUGAAAUGAUUGCGCUGUGCAAGCAAAUAAACUCAUAUCCACAUUAAGGACGGCUUAAAAUGUCAGCACGCGAUGUCACCUGUUCCUGUCAGGUGAGGUUUGGCCGAAUGGGUCUCUCAAUGUUCGGACGAGGAUAUACUGACAAGUGUAUUACACAGUGAUAGCCAUCCCGCCUUUUAUCUUUACUCGACCAGACUAGUCAUGAACGGUUAUCAAUAUGGUCAGAGGCAGCUGUGACAGUUAUUUUUCGGAGGGCUCGCUUGGGUCCGAGGGUGAAAAUCAACUGUUUUUACCCAUUCAUCUAUUGUGAGAGUUUGUGUUGCAUGCGAGAAACUUCAGCUCCUAUUGGACGAAGCUCUUCUGUUGAGCCAAUAGUUGAAGACUACUUGCAGGCUUACAAAUAUGCUUUGUUGUCAUCGAGACUGGACAGAUGAGACGUUAGGCAUAGCUCAUGGCAAAAGAAGGUGAAGUAAGGUGUGGGGAAUUCACCGUGGACGACCUCACCACUGCGGCGGCAAAUGGCGAUCUGGCCAAAGUGCGAGACAUCCUCCGUACAGGAGUGGAUGUCAAUGGGAGAAAUAGCUUUGGAAGGACUGCCAUUCAGGUGAUGACGCACACCUAUGUCAAUCUGGCAGAUGAGCUGCUCUGCGCAGGCGCAGAUCCGAAUGUCAAGGACAUCAGCCACCGCCAUAUUGACGGCACGAGUACGUACCGUACAAUUUGCCACGACGUUGCCGAAAGUGGGUCGUUGCCAACUCUCCAGUGCUUGUUACGACAUGGUGCCGACAUAUCUCUGAGGGACAAGCGAGGAAACACCCCUGCUCAUAUUGCUGCCAAAAGCGGCCAUUUUAAACUUGUGCAAUACUUAUUGUGUGGGAUGGCGACGAAUGUGACAAACGAUAUGAAGCGCACGCCCUUGGACUAUCUCGAAAGCAAAGAGGACCCCGGAUGUCAACAGUGGGUGGAACGGAGGCGGUCUACCCCAGCGACACUGCGGACGUUGUGUGUUGUCGUCGUGAGGUCUGCCCUGGGACCAGGAAGGUUGAAAGAUCUCUCUCCGGACUGCAGCUGCCGGGACCAGUUGUCAGCUGUGUACAGCUUCAAAACCUGCGUGCACUAGAGGCAGAGAUUGACUGUUGAUAUAACUAUUGGAUGUGAAGGACGUCUUGGACAAUACUUCUAGUCGUGCUGGAAGCAACUUGCCAUAGCUGCACGUUAAACACUAUUUAGCAGAAUUUAGUGAAGGGCUGAUAUUCGGUAUCCGCAAUGCCCAAGCUUUUUGUUGCUCUUCAUCUUCCCAUACCAUAAUAGAUGUUCCAAUUCUGAUGUCCGACUGAUAUCGCCACGUGACUGAUGCGUAUGACUUUGUGAAACACCAUUUGGUGUACAUCACACAAAGGACAGGACUCGUUCAUCCAGAUAUUCCUGAUAGUAUAUCUGGGAACGCUGUCGUCCGGAUUAACGAGGUGACGCUGUGAACAAUAUUCUUCAUCUGUAUGCUGACAAAUCACGGAACGCAGCAUGACGAACGUUGCCUUGAUACUCAUUGCAUGAUUGCACUCGGCGCUGCAUGGUGUAUAAAACAAGCAUUAGUGUGAUAGAUCGAUAUUUUCUUUUGACUUCCUUUACUUUCAUUUUUCAACUCAUAAUGUUUACUGGUUGUUGCAUGUGUACGUCGUCAACAGCGCAUCUGCACGUCUUCGACAGGUGCGCGUCUACUUUGUUGUGUCACAACAAAAUAAAGUUGUUCCCACCUAGUCUA